AUAAAUAAAUAAAUAAAUUAUUAACAACAAAAAACAAGGCACAAUACAAGGAACGAAAACAAAUCUUGCGAUUUCGAAACAACAUAGAAGAAAAAUAGAAGAACAAGACAACCAUGUUUCUCAGCAUUCUCAAAUAAUCAACCACCGACACCUUAAGAAUCUCGUGAUGUGCGGUGCUUGUAGAAAGAUAUGAAAGUACAAAAUCUGAGUCUUAGUAAUUGAGAAAGUAUUUCUAUAGAUCUGAAUAUUUCAAUGGAUCUAGGAGGCAGUUCCUUCAAAGAAGUUCUUGAACCACACCUGAUAUUUUCAGAUUUUGAGACAGCUAAGUCUAAAUCUGAGGCUAAUUCCAAUAUUUCAUUCACAAAAUCAAGGACUUGUUUGGAUGGAAAGAAUGGAAAUCAUUCAAAGAAUGGUGUGUAUGACCUACUUGAGUGCCCUGUUUGCAAGAAUUUGAUGUAUCCCCCAAUUCAUCAGUGCCCAAAUGGUCACACAUUAUGUUCAAAUUGUAAGAUUACGGUGCAUAACCGUUGCCCAACAUGUCACCGUGAUCUUGGGAAUAUAAGGUGUUUGGCUUUGGAGAAAGUGGCGGAAUCAAUGGAGCUUCCUUGCAGAUAUCAGAAUCUAGGUUGUCAUGAUAUAUUCCCAUACCACUCUAAGCUAAAGCAUGAGCAAAAUUGUCGAUUUCGUCCAUACAGUUGCCCCUAUGCUGGAUCAGAGUGCUCUAUGAUGUGUGAUAUUCAAGCUCUUAUGAACCAUCUCAAGGAUGAUCACAAGGUCGACGUACAUGAUGGAUUCACCUUUAACCAUCGAUAUGUCAAAUCAAAUCCACAUGAAGUUGAAAAUGCCACAUGGAUGCUAACCGUUUUCAAUUGUUUUGGAAAGCAUUUUUGCUUGCACUUUGAGGCGUUUCUGCUUGGCACCGCUCCAGUUUACAUGGCAUUUUUACGAUUUUUAGGUGACGAAAAAGAAGCAAAGAAGUUUAGGUAUAGCUUAGAGGUUGGUGCAAAUAGCCGCAAACUUAUAUGGCAAGGAAUUCCAAGGAGUAUUCGCGAGAGUCAUAGAAAAGUUCGUGACAGCCAAGAUGGACUCAUCAUUCAGAGAAACCUAGCUCUUUAUUUUUCCGGUGGCGAUAAACAACAAUUAAAGUUGAGGGUCACUGGUCGUAUAUGGAAAGAAGAAUGAAAAUAUGUAAUUAUUUUAGGGAUGUCACACGAUGAUUCUGUAUUCUGAAACAUUUUAAAGAUUUUGGUCUCUGCAGAGAAUGAAGCUUUUAUUUGUCUUCAUAGAUUCUCAUAGCAUGAGAGGUAACAUUCAAGCUGGGCUUGAGCUUUAUGUUAUUUUGUUUAGUUUUUUUUUUUU